AUGUUGGACUUAUUGUAUGGAGUUGGAAAUAUUGAAGAUCAAGGUAAAAUUAAUGGAGAAACUACAAAUAGAGGUAAUAAAUUAAAAUUAGGAUCCAAUAAAGUUCAUAGAGAUAGAAUUAAUGGAUAUAAUAAUGAUAAUGAACCAGAAGAACAAGUACAUUAUAAUCAUUCCAAAAGAUCCAUUGUUAAGAGAAGAAGAUUAGAUACUUAUGUUUAUGAUUAUAAUCCAACAGAUUUAUUAAAUUCUACAACAUCAACAAAUGGUCAAGAACAUUUAGAAAUUGAUGAAGAUGAUGAUCCAUAUCAUCAAAUUGACAUUGAAAAAAUCUUGGCACCAAUUUCUCAUCCUUCAGAUAUUGUUACACGUUCUUCAUUAUCAAGAACUUAUAAUUCAGAUGUAUUGAAAAAAUUAGCUCAACAAGCUAUUGAAACUAUAGAGAGAGAACAAAAUAAUGUUAUUCAAUUAUCAAAAUUAUUAGAUACGUUAUUAGGUGAAGAUUGUGGUCCUUUAUUAGAAGCUCAAUUAUUAUUACCUGAAUAUAAUCAUAAUUUAACAUCAAUAAAUCAAGAAGAAGAGACUCCAGAACAAACACAACAACAACAGCAACAACAAUUAGAAAAUCAAGAAGAACCACAAAUUGAUAUUUUAGAUAAAAGAAUAACGAGAAGACAAUCAACUCAAGAAACUGAUCCAUUUUUCGCAUUACCUCAAUUAAAAUUUGAUUCAAAUUUUGGUUUAAAUCCUGAAGAUGCAGAAGAAGCAAGACAAUUAUCACAAAUUUCAUUACAAAGAUCUGAAGAAUUAAUUAGAAAUUUAACAACUUUAAGAAAUGGAUUAGUAAGAGCCGAGACUCUUAAAUCAAAAAUUUUACAAUGGUCAAAAGAAAUUAAUGGAGAUCCUGAUGAAAGUGAUCUUUAUCAAGAUGAAAAAGAAGCUGCUCAAGCUGCAAAUCCUCAACCACCUUCUUCAUCAUCAUCAAGUGUUAAUUCAAAUAAAGAUAAAGAUAAAACUCCUUCAAGAACUUCAACUCCAGAAGUUAGAACAAGUGGUAGACCAAGAAGAUCUGCAAUGUAA